AUGAACGAAAUUCCUAAUGAUUUGCUAAUUCACAUCGGAACCUUUUUGGUUGCAAAAGACAUUUCUUUCUUUGCGUUGAGCAGUAAAUAUUAUUUGAAAUUAUUUUUCAACAUGACUUGUGAUGUUCCAAUCAAAUCCGAAAAUCUAUCAAAUGAAAUGAAUGAUUUAGCGAUUGAACAAGAAAAGCAAGAAUUCACACCAGUGCAGGUAUCCAUUUGGAAACCAUUAGUAUUAAUGUAUUUCCCUAAAUUCUAUGCUGAUUUGAAUGUGAAAAAUUGGUUGCACAUUCUCAAGAGGAGAAUUAGACAUAUUGUCCAAAAGUCUCCACAGAUGCUCCCUUUAGGAAGAACUGUUAGAUUUCCAUUGACUGAUACACCAUUUGUUGAGUUGUGUGAAUUUAUUUACAAGUGUCCAAUGGAUUUUUCUGCAAUGCCAAUAGUUGAUGAGGAGAAAAUAUUGGAUCCAGAGCUCGAUCAACCAAUUGAGAGUGUACCACCUCCACCUCCUAUUAAUUCUUUUGGUGUUCCUCCACCACCUCCUCCUUUAAAUACUAACACUGUAUAUCGUCAGGUGAGGUUCUGCUCUGGAUGUAAUUCAAAGGUCUAUCAAAUUACCACUGCCAAGGAAAUGACUUACAGAGCACAACAGAAACAAUGUGUAUUCUUCAAUUUGAAUAUUCCAAAGCCACAUCCAUUAGAGUUAUUGGGUGGUCCACCUCCACCUCAUUUCUUCACACCACCUCUUCCUCCUCAUAUUCCUCUGAUACCUCCUCCACCUUUUAAGUAA